UUGAUUUAACUUUGGGGCCGGACAUCAUCGAAUAUCGGAGGAUAUUAUGAACCAUAAAACAGGAUAUAAUUAUAAAGUUGACGCAAUGGCUGGUAAUAGCAGCUUAUUAGUCGCCAAUUGCCACCGUGAACCACGUGAACGUCGUCAGCUGCUGAGCAAUAAAAAUGAGCGAAAAGAACAGGAAUCAACUCCCCAAUAAUCUGCCCCAGUUGCAGAAUGUCAUAAAGCGGGAUCCAGAGUCAUAUACAGAAGAAUUUCUUCAGCAGUAUCGCCACUACCAAUCCAAUGUACAGGUUUUUCAGCUGAAGCCCUCUGAAUACUCCAAGAGUCUUGAAGAACUGAUAAUGUUCUUGAGUCAGAUAGCCCACUGUUACCCAGAGCAUUUAUCAGACUAUCCUCAGCAGCUCAAAGAUAUACUUCAGACAUACAGCACAGUUCUUGAUCCUGAUAUGAGAAUGACACUCUGUAAAGGUUUGAUCUUACUGAGGAAUCGAGGAUUAGUCUCACCUACCAGUCUCUUAGGAUUAUUCUUUGAGCUGUUCCGUUGCCAAGACAAGGUCCUUCGCAAGAUGUUGUAUGAUCACAUUGUCAACGACAUCAAGCGCACCAAUGCAAAACACAAAGACAAUAAGCUUAAUACAACACUUCAAAACUUUAUGUAUACCAUGCUGACGGACAAUAGUUCGGUUGCAGCCAAGAUGUCACUUGAUGUGAUGAUAGAACUUUAUAAGAAAAAUAUUUGGAACGAUACAAAGACAGUGAAUGUAAUCGUGACAGCUUGCUUCUCAAAAGUUACCAAGAUUCUUGUCACUGCUUUGAAAUUCUUUCUUGGAUCUGAUGAGGAAGGCAAUGAUGAAGACAGUGAUAGUGAAUCAGAAGAUGAGGGAACUACUGCCAAGCAUAUUCUCAUUGCUGACAAGGUAAAUAAGAAAUCUAAGAAGAGACAGAAGAAAACAAAGAAAGCACUCCAAGUACUCAGGAAACACAAGAAGAAGCGUAAAAAGAAAGAAGCAUUCAACUUCUCAGCAUUACAUCUUAUCCAUGAUCCACAAGACUUUGCUGAGCGUCUAUUUAAACAGCUUGAGAAGACUACGGAGAGGUUUGAGGUGAAGCUUAUGAUGAUUAAUCUCAUCUCUCGUUUGGUUGGAGUUCAUCAACUGAUCCUAUUCAACUUAUAUCCUUUCCUUCAGAGAUUUAUGCAGCCACAUCAGAAAGAGGUAACCAAGAUACUACUGUAUACAGCCCAAGCUACACAUGAUCUGGUACCACCAGAUAUCAUAGAAUCUGUCCUUAGGACAUUGGUCAAUAACUUUGUGACUGAGAGGAAUUCAAAUGAAGUCAUGGCAGUUGGACUGAAUGCAGUGAGGGAAGUGUGUGCGAGGUGCCCUCUAGCGAUGGGUCCAGAUCUUCUCCAGGACCUGACUCAGUAUAAGACGUACCGUAGCAAGUCAGUCAUGGCUGCAUCAAGGUCUCUUAUCCAUCUCUUCAGGAAAACCAAUCCAGAACUUCUUCACAGAAAAGACAAGGGUAAACCUACAGAGCAAUCAAUAGAGGUUAAAGCAAGGGAAUAUGGAGAACUAGUAGCAUCAGACUUCAUUCCAGGAGCUGAGGUGUUAGCUGAAGAAAGAGAAGAAAAGGAGGGCGAUAAAGAUGGAUGGGAGUCAGCAAGCAGUGAUUCCAGUGAUAGCGAUGGUAGUUGGCAUGAUGUAUGUCAUUCUUCUGAUGAUGAGGUGGAGAUGAAAGACGGAACAGAGAAUCCGGCUAGUAACCUCACCUCAGAGGAGAAAGUCACUAGAGCUACGGUCAUCAGUCAGAAUAGAAUACUUACUCAAGAAGACUUUCAGGCGAUACGUACAGAGCAGGUACGGAAAGAGCUUGCAUCUGCUCCAAAGACUGGACGUAAGAGAAAGAACGUUGAGAUAAGUUCUUACAAGAAUGAAGGUGGAGAGCUUCUUUCUUUAAAUCAGAUUGAAUCCAUUCAGUACAAACCAAAGCACGACAAAGAAACAAGAAUGGCUACCAUCAUGGCUGGACGUGAAGGAAGAGAGAAGUUUGGGAGUAAGAAACAGAAGAUGAAUCCUCAUGCUAGUACUACAAACAAACAGAAGAGAAAGAACAAACCAUUCAUGAUGAUGAAACAGAAGUUUAAUAUCAAGUCUAAACACAAACGAUCCUUCAGAGAAAAACAGGUUGCACUCCGAGACUCCCUCUUGAAGAAAGCCAAGAAACGAUGAUGAUAAUGAAAAUAAGGUGUGGUGAAAUGACACUUGAGAUUGGAUGGUAUAUAUCAUUCAAAGACUUACUACAUCUCACCUCCACAUUACAACUUUGUAACUUUACAACCAAACGACAUGACCUCUCCAGUAUCAGAUUUAAUAGCAAGGGUUGAAUGGAAGGCAUGUUCAUUGGAGGUAGUAUGUCUAUUUCAGCUGCCCAGGAUAUCUACAAUGGACCAUCUUAGUAUCGCUUCAUGAGUGAGCUUUUUAAGAGAUCAAUUCAUGAGUGUCAAGUACAUUGCAGCAGUGUUUGAUUGUAAGACAUUUCGCUGCUCGGGUGACCUCAUGUCUCAAGAUUUGAAACGCUCAUAAGAGGUGAGGAAACAUCUGUAACGUAAGAUGGUAUCCAAUAGAAUAGUCUUCUUUCAUAUGUCAUAGUGACUUCAUUUUUGAGAGAGAGCUGUUGGACUGUGACAGGAUAUCACUUGAUAUACCAUUUCAUAGACAAAGAAUGUGAAAAAGUGAUUUUCAAAAAAUGAUUUGAGAUUCACAGUUUUAACUCACUAGUGAUGAUGUAUUGGUCUAGGUUUUGUUGUAAUGUGUAUGGGAUUUUCCUUUAACUUCUCAUUUACCACCCUCUAAAUAUCACUUUAAUGAGGCACAUGACCUCAUAUAAAUGUAGUAUCAAGAAUAUGACAACAUUGUUUGAUUUCUGGAUGUAAGAAAAUAACGAGAUGUGGUCAUUGUAAUUAUUGUAAUUGUCAACUUACCUAACCUCUACAAUUUGAACUGCUCAUGGAAAUUACCUCCUUAUAAGUUUCAAAGUGCAACUCUUGAUAUCUAACUGAAGUACUUGUGAAACUGCAUAGUGUGAUCCUUGAGCUAAGUACUUCUCAGUAGAGAUUCUUGACCAAUCUCCUAUGAUUUUCCAUGACAUGUCCAUGGCAACUUUGCCCUUGUUAAACUGAGGGGGGGGGGGGGAGGUUGGGUCAUCAUGCGAAACUUUUUGACUAUGCCGCUUGCUGACUUUUUACUUUCAAAUUAUGCAACAUUUUGUAUGUGCAUGUCAGACCCAAAAUUGCUCAAAAACAUGAUUCCAUGUACAAAGUCAAUGCAAAUUGUGUUUUUCAACCAAAAGUCAUAAAUGUAUAAUUAACUUAAUUUUUGUUGGUUUGAAUGGAUUAAUUUUAUGCUAUUUAUGAUCGCAAACGUGUCCCUGACAAAGUUCACUGGAAAAGCAAUAAAAACAAAGGUUUGAAAAAACAAACCAAAAAAUACAUAAGAAUUUAAAAACAAAUCAAAAUAAAUAAGACAUUAAUUAUAUUUGUUAGAAAUGUAGAAAUUGGUAUUCUACUUGCUAUAUAAUAGAGUUAAAGGCAAAAACAUACACAAAUAAACACAUGUAGGGCAAAUUUCAUAUGCUUGUUUGCAUAAGUAAUUAGAUAUAUAAACAAAUGAUUUUUUGAAAAUUUUAUUAUA